AUGCUACCAAAGCCUUUGGCCAAUUCGUUGGCCGUGUUGGUGAUCGUACCGAUCCCUGGUGACUGUAACUUUGAGCAGAAGUACACCGUAGCCAUGAGUAUGGGCGAGAAAGUGUUCACUUCGAUGGAGAAACUGCAAGGAAAGCCGCAAGUUAAAGCAGACGUUGAUCCCGAUGACGACAGCUGCACUGGACGCGAUGAAAGGUAUAGUGAAGGACUUGGCGCAUGCAAGGUGCAAGCCCCAGCUGGGAGAAGUCUCAAGGCCAAGCAGAAAGCGCUGGUGAAGAACACGAACAUAGUAGACGAACUAUAUCGACUGCUGGGGACUUAA